AUGUCUGCUUCCUCUACUCAUGUUCAAGGUACAGAGGAUAUUCCCAUUAACCCUAAUGAGAUUCUUGAGGUCACCCCUUUACAGAUGGUGACUCCAGACGAUUUUGUGACAAAGAAACCAGGAACAUCACAUGCACGAAGAACCAAAGAAACGACAAGAAAACCUAAAAAGUCUAUUUCUGGUCAGACUUCUCAAUCCUCUGUUCUUCCCUCUAGGGAAGAAUUGACUAAACAAGGUUUUAGGCAUGCUCACAAUGCCAUUGCUAAAAUUGUCACUCGUAUCUUGAAUGAACAACAUCAAGUCCCUGGGAUUUUUGUUCCUUUAAAUUCUGUGUUUCCUGAGUCACAAGACAAUAUGCAUGUUAGUGGUAAUGAUGUUGAUUAUGUCCAAGUAAAUGAGGAUAUGGAUGCGACUGCUCAUGAAGAAAACAUUGUUAUUAAUGAUAAUGUUGAUGAUGUUGUCAAUGUGAAUGAUGUUAAUGAUGUGGAAGAGACUGUUGGUAAGUACGAUGGUGUUGCUGAUGAUGAUCACACGGAGGUCCCUGUUGGUGUUGUAGAUGAUGAAGAGGUACCUUGUGAAGAUGAUGGUAAUGUCUCUGUUGAUAAGGAUGAGGGCCACACUGAAGGUGGUCAAGCUGAAGAGAAAGAACCUAAGAAGACCAAUGCUGAUAAGGUGAUCAACCUUGAUGAUCUCCCUGAUGAUGACUUGGUUGCUUCUAUCAAUCCAAGUAUAGCCAAAAGGCUUAUGAGGAGGAAAGGGGAGCACGUUGUGGAUGAGGAUUCUCUGAAGAAAAAGACUGUGGUUAAGCCCACUUUUGUUGGCCCCAAGAAAUCUUGGAGCAAAGUGGUGCCUAAGAAGAGAAAGGCUAGAAUUGUUGAUGAGAAUGAGUCAGAUUCUGAUGUUGCUCUGGAUGUCAAUGACAUCCCUCCCAAGAAGAAGGCCUCUACUAGCAAGCUUGCUGCUAGUGUCUUUGAAGUUCCUAUUGAUAAUAUUUCUUUUCACUAUCCAUCCAGUGUAAUCAGAUGGAAAUUUGUCUAUCAGAAAAUAUUGGCCUUAGAGAGGGAGCUUGCUCAGAAUGCUCUUGAGUGUGAAGAGAUUAUGAAUCUCAUUCAUGAAGUUGGGCUGGUAAAAACUGUGACUCAAUUCUCCAAAUGUUAUGAAGUCCCUGUGAAGGAGUUCAUUGUGAAUUUACAUGAAGAUUGUGCCAACAAGAAAGCUAAGGAUUACUUGAAAGUGUUUGUUAGGGGAAAUUGUGUUAACUUCUCCCCCACUGUGAUCAACAAAUUUCUGGAAAGAUCCAAUGAAGCUCAACCUGAGCUAGAAGUGUCUGAUAAUCAAAUGUGCAAGGUAAUUACUGCUGGACAAGUAAAGACUUGGCCUGUCAAAGGAAAGUUGAAUGCCAGCAAGCUAAGUGUGAAAUAUGUUAUACUUCAUAAGAUUGGAGCUGCCAACUAUGUGCCAACUCAACACAAGUCUACAAUUUCUGCUGUUCUAGGUAAAUUCAUCUUUGCUAUAGGUACUAAGACCAAAGUUGACUAUGGGACUUAUAUUUUUGAGCAAACCUUAAAGCAUGCUGGUAGCUAUAGUGUUAAAGGCCCCAUUGCCUCCCUCUCCCUUAUUUGUGAGAUUAUCUUGAAUCAAUUUCCUAACAUUCUGAAUGACAAAGAUUCUGUGUGCAAAAGAGCAAGCCCUUUACUCUUUCAUCAUAAGCUCUUUCAAGGAACCCAUGUUCCUGACAUUGUCAUAACAUCUGCUGGGACAUUCCAUGGGAGCUCUAAAACCAGUAAGUCAGAGAUUAUAGUUGUGCUAAAAGAAACCUGUAAAGAGCUUGAAGCAAGGAAGAUGAGCCUUGAGAAACUGAUAAGCUUUCUUGAAUCUGAUGCUGAGCUUGUAGACAAUGCUAAUGAAUGA